UGCCUCUUAUUGAGGCGAAAGCAACAAUACCUAAAAAUGCUUGGUCGUCAUGCACUGCUCUGAAGGGAUGAUCUAAGUUUGUCUCUAUAAAUCUCUCCAUGCAGCUCGCGGCUUUUAAUUUAAUUUAUCCAAUUUAAUUGAAUGCUGUUCCUUAAAAUCUCACACCCAGAACGGAAAACCCAGAGAGAUCAUCAACGAGGGAUCGUGAUUUUGAGGCUAUACUCUUCCAGAUUCUGUUCUCCCACCCCCACCAACUCGCUUGUUUUGCAAUCAGCUUGUCUUCCGCCCAAUUGCAAUUCCCCCCCCCCCCCCUCUUUUUAUUUUUCUGUGGGGUCACUUGUUCAUUUCUUUUACACGAAAGUAAAGCUGCCCUUUGCAGGAUUCUUCGUCGCCUUUUUUGCGCGAAUGAUUUCACAUUCGGACCAUUCAACACAUUAAUACCCAUCUUGUUGGGCGUUUUCAUUUACCUCUCUGCUGCACAGCUCAUUUCCUGCUUUUCUUCCGUACACCACUGAUCCGUGAGAGGUUUGACCAUUUCAACGUGAAGAUUCAUCAUUUGGGGUAAAGACUUUUGGAUCAUACACUUCUCAGCAAUACUAACUCCUCAAAAAUCAGGGACGCUCGUAAAGCGUGGGUGUAUUAAAACUGGGAAAAAACUUGAUGGCUGAAAGGGUGAGAUCAAUAUGGGUGACGUUGGCGGUGUUAAAACUUCUAUCGGCAUUCGUGAUUGUUUCGGCAGAAAGAAGCUUGAAACCGGAAGCGUCACGGUUUAAUGCAACCGAAGGGCUCCAUGGUGAUUUCCUCCAUCGAGCUGUUAGUUUCUUAUGGCGAUCAGAGGAAUCUGGUUAUCAACACGUGUGGCCGGAUAUGGAAUUUGGAUGGAAAAUUGUUCUGGGUUCCAUAAUUGGUUUUUCUGGAGCAGCGUUUGGAAGUGUUGGUGGUGUUGGUGGUGGCGGCAUUUUCGUCCCCAUGCUUAGUCUAAUAAUUGGGUUUGAUCCAAAAUCAUCAACUGCCAUCUCAAAAUGUAUGAUCAUGGGUGCUGCUGCGUCCACUGUUUACUAUAACCUUAAACUAAGACAUCCUACGUUGAAUAUGCCCAUCAUUGACUAUGAUUUAGCGCUGCUCAUUCAACCGAUGCUCAUGCUCGGAAUCAGCAUAGGGGUGGCCUUCAACGUUGUGUUUGCUGACUGGAUGGUUACUGUGUUGCUUAUUAUUCUCUUUAUAGGAACUUCAACAAAAGCAUUCUUCAAGGGUGUUGAAACUUGGAAAAAAGAAACCUUGAUGAAAAAGGAAGCUGCCAGGCGACAAGAGUCAAAUGGUCCAGGGGCUGAAGCAGAAUACAAACCUCUUCCCAGCGGACCGACUGUUGCUAUUGAAAAAGACACCAAUGAACCUGAGGUGACUAUUCUUAGGAACGUAUACUGGAAGGAGUUUGGACUCCUUGUUUUUGUUUGGGUUGCAUUCCUUGCACUUCAGAUAGCCAAGGAUCAUACAUCUAAUUGUUCAGUAUCAUAUUGGGUGCUGAACUUGCUACAGGUCCCAGUUUCAUUUGGGGUAUCUGCAUAUGAGGCAAUUGGUUUAUACAGAGGCAAGAAAGUAAUUGCUUCCCAGGGAGAUGCAGGGAGAGAUUGGAAAGUUCACCAACUGAUUACCUAUUGUUUCUUCGGUGUACUGGCUGGAGUAGUCGGUGGCUUGCUCGGUCUAGGAGGAGGAUUCAUUAUGGGUCCCUUGUUCUUGGAGCUGGGAAUACCACCUCAGGUCUCAAGUGCCACAGCCACGUUUGCCAUGACCUUUUCCUCUUCUAUGUCUGUGGUAGAAUACUACCUUCUUAACCGUUUUCCUGUGCCGUAUGCUCUUUAUUUUACCCUGGUGGCUACCUUUGCCGCCGUGGUAGGUCAGUCUAUUGUGACAAAGCUGAUCAUGUUAUGUGGGAGAGCGUCGCUUAUCAUCUUCAUUCUAGCCUCUACAAUAUUUGUCAGUGCCAUUUCACUAGGUGGAGUCGGCAUAGCAAAUAUGAUCCAAAAGAUUGAGAACAAUGAAUAUAUGGGAUUUGAGAACCUCUGCAAGUACUGAGAGGGUUGGAAAACAAAAUCCUCUGCAAGUGCAGUUCAUAGCAAUUUCUUGGAAGAUUUUGACGUGGUUCCAUCAUCCCUGAACUUUCCCCGUGGCAUUACCGGGAUGGUGGUGGUGUUGUAUCAUUCACCAUUUUAUAAUUGUUGGACUGGAUUUUUAGGCACUUCAAAAGAAAUUUGUACCUUCAACAUUGUGCUUAUUAGCUUGAGCAAAACGUAAGUCUCACUCUCAUUGCAA